AUGGAUGUGUCUGAUGAAUGUAAUAACCGUUGUCUCAAUGGAGCGAGCUGUGAGGAAGGCAAUUGCACAUGCCCAGCAGGAUUUGAUGGCGAUAUGUGUCAAGAUAAGCAGACAUAUGUUGAGUGUGGAACUGAUUCAAUGACCGUCAAUAUAGCUGAACAGCUAGUCCCAGGUGACGCAUCUGCUGUUCAUUUUCGAAACCGAUCCCAAUCCUGCUCCGGUGUAAACAGCUCGACUAGCACUGAGAUCACUCUCACUACAGGCUACGAUCAAUGUGGCACCACCUUUGAGGAAGAUAACACAACUAUAACCUUCAUCAACGUAAUAACUUACGCCAAGCCUGGUUCGGAAGACAGUACCAUAAUCACCCGUGAAUAUCACAUGCAGGUUCGGGUUGAAUGUUGCCUCAAGAAAGAGGAAGUCAUAAGUGGGUCCUUCAAACCACAGCUUGGUGAGGUAGCAUUUAGUGACAAGGGCUCUGGUGACUUCAAUCUGAGACUGGAAAGGAGAUGA